UUUUAUAUAAAUAUCAUAUAAUAGUUCGAAAAUUUAAACUAAUAUUUAUUAUGCUAUUAUCAUUGCCAGUAUUGUUAACUAACCAGUCGUAUUACCCCUAAAAACGUUUGAAAUAUGGAUCCUAGGGAAACUUAUAGAAAAAGGAGAGGUGGAGGAGGAUCACACGGAACUGAUUAUGAAAUCCAUUUAAGUUUGUUCUUUCUACUUUAUCUUUUCAUCCACAACAUAAAUAAUUUUAGAAUAUCUAUCGGUAAUGAAGAUGCUCAUCCUUUUGAUGAUAUCGUAUAUGAGCGAGAGAGAAAAAAGAAAAAAAACACCUUCCUUCUUCAAGCAAAACAUUUCUUAUGCGCAGGAACUCUUAGUUUUAGUGAUUUUGAUACAAAGGGCCGUUUGGAUAUUGGUAAACAUUUAAAUGGAUUUCAACGCAUAAAAAUUGCAAAUCAAAUAGAAAAUAUUCAAAACGUUAUUAUUUGUACAAAUUCUGAGUUUAAUAUAGAAAAUAUAAAUCAGACAAAUGAAGAGGAGAUAAUAAAAUUAAGAAGAGAUGAAGAAAACCACGAAGGGCUACCAAUUUUUUAUAUUCCAGAUUCACAAUUUUAUCGUAUUGAAAAUAUGCCUAGAGCAUUUAGAAAUGGAAUAAAUGAAAAUGACUUUCAAACAUUUUUAAAUACAUGUUUACUAUCUACCAUACGGGAUGAAAAUUUAAUAGAACAAAUUCACAAUUUAAUCACUGACGUAUUUGAGAACAGGAUAGUAUUAAUAAAUUGUGCAACAAUUACACGGCUUUUUUUUAAUGAUUGUAUAAAAAAAUAUAUUAACUCUACAGAAGACGAAGUACCUUAUCUUGAAAAUACCGAUCUCGAUAACUAUAUAGAUGAAUUUAUAGGACAUCUCAAUACUAACACUUAAGUUUGAAAAAUAAAAAUUGAUUUCUAGCUGUGUUUUUUUUUGUGAAAAAUCCCUCCAAAAGCG